AUGACAGCUUCCGGACAGGCCAUAGCAGAGGGGCUACUCUGGGCGAAUCGUUUCCUCUGCAUUCAAGACGAGUCAGGCGUCUGUCUUCCAGAGUUCUACGAUGGCGAAAAGGAGCUAUGUUCUGAUCGUGAUCUCACAUUUGCCGCCACUAUUGUCAGCACCGACUAUGGCCGGGGACAUGUAGACGAAGAAAGCUUCCAAGAGUUGCUAUCGUCAUACCCGGCCCCAGCCAAUAGCUACACCUCAAGCUACACACAACCGCCGCCGUCCCUGACUCCAACUUGCCGUGGGACAACGAUCACAGUUCAGGAGGGUGACACUUGCGAGCCAAUAUCUCGAGCAAACAGCGUAGCUACAGACCGAAACAUUGCCGACAAAUACAUGGAUUACUCCUGUCGAGAGUUGGUGGUCGGCAUGAAGCUGUGCAUCCAGGACACUUGCACCAUCGCACAGAUCCAACAAGGGCAGACUUACGAGGAUAGAACCAGUAGCAAAGGCUUCACUAUAGUGCAGCUCACCUCUUAG